UCUUCGUUCGCGAGCUCCCCGAGAAGGAGAUGGCGGAGAUGGCGCUUCGAUCGGAGGAGAGGGAGGGAGCGGUGGCGGCGCCGCCGCCGUUUUUAUUGGAGAAGCUCAAGAACUACGGACAGGAUCAUGUCUUCUCUCUCUGGGACCAGCUCUCUGCGGAGGAGCGUGAUCUUCUCAUCGAGGAGAUCGAGAGCCUGGAUCUUCCGAGGAUUGAUCGGAUCAUCAAGUGUUCUCUUGAGUCUAAAGGGCUUCCAGUGCCAACAUUUGAGCCCGUACCAGAGACAAGUGUGUCAACAGUGGAAGACAGAACACCUGAUGAAAGAGAGAGGCUUUGGAAGAAGGGAUUAAAGGCCAUCUCCCAAGGGAAAUUAGCGGUUGUACUUCUUUCUGGUGGUCAGGGAACUCGUCUUGGAAGUUCAGACCCCAAGGGAUGUUUCAAUAUUGGGCUCCCUUCUGGGAAGUCCCUUUUUCAACUUCAAGCUGAACGAAUUCUACGCAUACAAAGCCUUGCAUCUCAAUCAAUUGAAGAUUCUGCUAGGGUUGACCCAAUUCAUUGGUACAUAAUGACUAGCCCCUUUACUGACGAAGCUACUUGCAAGUAUUUUGAAAGCCAUAAAUAUUUUGGUUUGGAAUCAAAUCAAAUCACCUUUUUCCAACAAGGUACACUUCCCUGUGUUUCUAAGGAUGGCAAGUUUAUUAUGGAAACUCCAUACAAGGUAGCAAAAGCUCCUGAUGGAAAUGGAGGACUCUAUUCUGCUUUAAAAUCUUCAAAACUCCUGGAAGAUAUGGCGAUGAGAGGUGUGGAAUAUGUGGACUGUUAUGGAGUUGAUAAUGUCUUGGUUCGUGUUGCAGACCCAACUUUCUUAGGGUACUUUAUAGACAAAGGUGUUGCUGCAGCAGCAAAAGUUGUUCGCAAGGCUUAUCCACAAGAAAAGGUGGGGGCCUUUGUCCAGCGUGGCAAGGAUGGACCCCUUAUUGUGGUUGAGUACAGUGAAAUGGAUCCAGCAAUGUCUUCUGAAAUCAAUCAGAUAACUGGCAAUCUCCGUUAUUGUUGGAGCAAUGUCUGUUUACAUAUGUUCACAUUGGAUUUUCUCAAUCAAGUAGCAACUGGCCUUGAAAAUGACGGCAUUUACCACCUUGCUGAGAAGAAAAUUCCUUCUAUUUAUGGAUCCACUGUGGGUUUAAAGCUUGAGCAGUUUAUAUUUGAUGCAUUUGCAUAUUCUCCAUCAACAAUACUUUUUGAGGUAUCUCGAGAAGAAGAAUUUGCACCUGUUAAGAAUGCUAAUGGUGCUAGUCACGACACUCCUGAUAGCAGUUGUCUGAUGCUUCUCCGCCUGCAUGCUAAUUGGGUGAUUGCUGCGGGUGGCUCUCUAACACAUUCAGUGCCACUAGAUUUAACUGGUGUGGAAAUCUCACCACUUCAUUCUUAUGCUGGGGAGAACCUUGAAUCAAUAUGCAGAGGAAAAACAUUUCACGCACCAAGCGAAACUACAUUUUAGUUGGGUAGUCACUGUUGUAAAUUUUCAAGACAUUCAUCCUUGCAAAUAAAUUCGAAAAUUAUCCUGGACAGAGUCAUUCAUCCCUCCAUAUUACUUGUGCAAGUUUGCUCCUGUGAUCUAUUUGAGUUGAUCAAAUAAUGCACAUGAGAUGAUCACUAUACCUUUACCUAAUGACUUUGCUCUAAUCUUUUUGUU